AUCAGAAGUGAAUCGAUCAACAGAAAACAAAGGGUUAAUACCUCUGACCAAUCACAGAGGAGACUCUCCCUCUGACGUCACAGUCCCUCUUCCGCCCCGUUCAGGGAAAAAGAGAAACGGUCAGGUGACCAGCUCAGUCAGGGAGCAACGGGGCGCGCGGGCAGACAGAUGAUGUUGUGUGUUGUGGUGUGUGCGCUCUUCCUCUGUGGCGUCCAUGCUGGACCGACCGAUGUCCACCGACGCUUCCAUAAACUACAGCAGAGGCUGGACCCUGAAGUGCACAUGAACAUUUCCGAGAUCAUCCGGCGGUGGGGGUACCCUGCAGAGGAACACGAGGUCCUGACGGAGGACGGGUACAUCCUGACCGUCAACAGGAUCCCACAGGGACUCAGAUGCUCUGCAGGUCCGAGGCCGGCGGUGUUUCUCCAACAUGGCCUCCUGGCCGCCGGCAGUAACUGGAUCACCAACCUGCCGAACUCCAGUCUGGGAUACGUGCUUGCCGACGCCGGAUACGACGUGUGGAUGGGAAACAGCCGAGGAAACACCUGGUCCAGGAAACACCAGACCCUCAAACCAGACCAGGAGGACUUCUGGAGGUUCAGUCAUGAUGAGAUGGCUCUGAAGGAUCUUCCAGCUGUUAUAAACUACAUCCUGAAGGUGACGGGACAGGAACAGAUCUACUACAUCGGACACUCUCAGGGAACCACCAUAGCAUUCAUAGCAUUCUCCACGCUGCCUGAUCUGGCCAGUAAGAUCAAGCUGUUCUUCGGUUUGGCUCCUGUAGCGACUGUCGCCUUCACCAGCAGCCCCAUGACCAAACUGUCCAUCCUGCCAGACUUCCUCAUCUGGGACCUGUUUGGAAGGCGGGACUUCCUGCCUCAGAGUUACAUGAUCGAGUGGUUUGCUGAACACGUGUGUGCGAAGCAGGUUCUCAGCGAGCUGUGUGGAAACAUCUUCUUCAUUCUCUGUGGCUUCGACGAGAAAAACCUCAACGUGACUCGGACUCCGGUCUACACCACACACUGUCCUGCUGGGACCUCAGUCCAGAACAUGGUCCACUGGGCCCAGGCGGUUCACAAAGGGAAACUGAUGGCGUUUGACUUUGGAGCUGCAGGAAACAUGAAACACUACAACCAGUCCACUCCCCCUGAGUACCACGUCCAGGACAUGAAGGUUCCCACCGCUCUGUUUUCAGGGGGACAGGAUACGCUGGCAGACCCCAAAGAUGUGGCUGUCCUCCUCACUCAGGUGCCGAACCUGGUCUUCCAUCAGGAGAUUAAACACUGGGAUCAUCUGGAUUUUAUCUGGGGUCUGGAUGCUCCUGAGCAGAUGUUUCCCUCCAUCCUUAAGCUGCUGCAGGAGCAUCGUUAGACAGGAAAAGGAAACACCAGCAGACUCUGUGUGGCCGUGGUCGCAGCAAAGCACUAAAGGAUAACUCUGUGAUUUUUGAACCUCGGUAUCAAUCAAGCUGCUGCAAAGUAAUCAAAGUCCCUCCACUAAAGUUCUUGUUUUUACCACUGACAGCCUCAGAUUGUUCUUCUCAGUGUUUGACAACAUUAUGACAGGAUUCCUACAGAGACAGAGCUUUUUAUUAAAGAGGAAGAUCCUGUUAGUUUAACCAGAAACAUCUCUAUAUAUCACUACCAGACUCCACUGACAGAAACAGGGAUUUUACUGGGAGCUAUUAAUACACCUGUGAACGAGCUAUCUGAUAGUGUGUUUGUGUUACUGUGUAACUUUCAGUGGUGGAAGAAGUAAUCAGAUACUUUACUGAAGUAAAAGUACUACACAGUAACACAGACACACUAACAGAUGGAGGCAGUGGUAUUCCAGCAGCUCCCAGUAAAAUCCCUGUUUUUGUCAAUGGAGUCUGGUAGUGAUAUAUAGAGAUGUUUCUGGUUGAACUGACAGGAUCUGACUCUUAAAUAAAAGGUCUUGUGUCUGAGUGUCUGAAUGUUUGAGUUGAAGUGUGGCUGUUGGAAGCAGCUGGUGUUCACCUGCUGUGGUUCAACAACACAAUCUGUACUGUGAACUGGUUUUAACUUGACACCUGUGAACUGAACUGGUUUUACUGGUUUUAAACAGAUAGUAAAACACAGCUGGAAAAUACGUCUUCACAGGAAAGCUUAGAACAAAUAUUGAACAUGAACAGACAGUUGUUAGAAAGUAGACUGUAGUCUGUUGUAAACCUGUUACCUAUCACAUGUUUAUAUACUGAUUAUAAAUGAUGAAUACGGGGCCUUAAAGUGUCACCAUUUUAUUGUCUGUUUCAUUUUUCAAACCGGCCGGACCAAUGUCGCAUAUUUUACUGUUGUGUGUAAUGAGUCUUACUCUGUAUAAACCUGUGUGUGUUUGCUGCCUUAUAACUGAAAUGUUUUUUACAUUCUAAGCUAAAAAAAUUGGCUCAUGCUAACGUUAGCAUGUUAGCAUCAGAAUCAUGGAUAACUUUCAUUAGUUUUUCAAGCAUUAGGCCUCGAGAAAUAACUCAUUUUCAGAGGGAAGUGGAGAGCAGCAUCCAAUCAGGUGGCUUGAAUUGUGGUGGGCGGGGCUAAAUGUCUGACAUUAGCUUAAAUGUGAUUUCCACAACAUUUUAAUCAUUGAUUUUAAAACUGUUUUUAUUGAACUGUGCAAUAAAUAUAAAAGAUAAACAA